UUUAAACAUUUAAAAUUUUACUGUUUAGAAGGUUGGUUUUGUCCAAAUACAAUUGAAAUGAAAAUAAAGAAAUAGAAUAUAUGAGUGAGGGGGAAUGGAUGAGUGAAGUCGGAGCGAAAGUAGGGGUGAGAAUGGUAGUCAACUUCUAUCAUUAAUAGCAUUUGUAGUUAGGAGAGCAGAGAGUGAUACGGGCAUUGGUUCAAAAUAAGAGAUAAUUAGGAGACACGAGUAUGGGUGUGGAUGAUGACACUGACAUCCAAAGAGAUCAAAGGGAGAUGUUCGAAUCUACUAAAGUUGUCGUAAAUGCUUUCCAGCGACUGUGAGUGAAAUGCCCCGAGAUCCGCGUAAGAAGAGAAGCUUUUUACGAGCGCCGACACAUGGAUUUUUCAGACAAACCCUUCCCCACAAAACGUGAAUGUAGCAUUCAAAUCAACGCGCUAUCUCCCCAACCUCCUGCCUUUAAAGUUCCUUUCCCUCACCUUCCAACUGGACUCUUCAUUUAUUUCACCGAUUUUGUUUUAAUUUUGCUUCAUCAUCCCAUACAUACUGGCCAGGGCAAAGGCAGCUCAAUAAUUCCUAUCUUAAUGGCCAAAUUAACUACACAAAUCCUUCAGUUUUGCUGCAUCUUUAUCCUUUUGUUUCCGAUGCUGCUUCCGGCCAGCUCUCCAGCGGAUCUUGUGCAGACAGAGUGCUUGAGCGUACCCUCGUCCCAGUUCUCCAACUCACUCCUCUCCACCAUCGAUGUUGUACGACAGGUUAUGGCCAUUUUCUCUCCAUUCAGUAAAUUACUGGGAGACUUCCGGCUUUCCACCGCCAUUUCCGACUGUCUCGAUCUGCUCGACUCUUCUGCUGACCAGUUGAGCUGGUCCCUCUCCGCCACCCAAAAUCCCAAGGCUAAAGACCACAGCACAGGAGAUCUGAGUUCUGAUCUGAAGACAUGGCUGAGCGCUGCAGUGGUUAAUCCGGAAACAUGCAUGGAUGGGUUUGAGGGCACCAAUAGCAUUAUCAAAGGUCUAGUAUCUGGAGGCAUCAACCAGUUAACUUCACAGCUCUAUGACCUUCUUUCCAUGGUGAAAUCAAUCCCCAAUCAACCGAGCGAGUUUCCUUCAUGGCUGAAAUCUGAGGACCGGAACUUGCUGCAACUAAAUGACUUGGCCGCCGAUGCCACAGUGGCCGCCGAUGGGACUGGGGAUUUCACCAAUGUGAUGGAUGCGGUGCUAGCAGCCCCUGACAAAAGCACACGACGUUAUGUCAUAUACAUAAAGAAGGGUGUAUACUUGGAGAACGUGGAGAUCAAGAAGAAGAAGUGGAAUCUCAUGAUGAUUGGGGAUGGAAUAGAUGCCACGAUCAUAUCGGGUAAUCGGAGUUUUAUUGACGGUUGGACAACAUUCCGGUCAGCGACCUUCGCUGUAAGUGGAAGAGGAUUCAUAGCGCGAGACAUAACAUUCGAGAAUACUGCAGGAGCAGAGAAACAUCAAGCAGUGGCACUUAGAUCGGACUCCGAUCUGUCAGUAUUUUUUAGAUGCCGAAUUAGAGGCUACCAAGACACGCUGUAUACGCACACCAUGCGCCAAUUUUACCGCGAGUGCCAAAUCAGUGGGACCGUUGAUUUUCUUUUCGGCGAUGCCACCGUCGUUUUUCAAAACUGCAGCAUCCUGGCGAAGAAGGGUCUUCCCAACCAGAAAAACACCAUCACUGCUCAGGGCCGGAAAGACCCGAACCAACCCACCGGCUUCUCCAUUCAAUUCUGCAACAUAUCUGCGGAUUCAGACCUUAAACCCUCGGUUAACACUACUGCUACGUACCUUGGAAGACCAUGGAAGGAAUAUUCCAGAACCAUUAUCAUGCAGUCAUACAUCAGCGACGCCAUUAGGCCAGAAGGUUGGCUUGAGUGGAACGGCAAUUUUGCAUUGAAUACACUAUUCUACGCUGAGUUUAUGAAUUACGGGCCGGGGGCGGGAUUGGCCAAGCGUGUCAAUUGGCCCGGUUACCACCGACUGAAUCAAACCAGUGAAGCCACUAACUUCACCGUGGCUCAAUUCAUUGAAGGAAACAUGUGGCUACCGUCCACGGGUGUCAAAUACACUGCAGGACUGGGAGCUAAUUAGUAAAUCAACAAUAUGUGGUGCAUUGAUGCUCCCUCCUAUAUAUCUCACUUUCAAAAUAUACAUAAAAAUGAAUUAAAACAUUCAAAAAAAAUCCCUUGCCGUAGUUUAGAUGAUACAAUUUGGUGGACCCAGAAAGAUCCUUUCCAGAUAUUUUUGGUGUUGUAAUUAAAAAUAUUUUUAAGAAACCCCCUAAAUUCCCCUCAAGUCUUCAGUUCUCUGUGUGCACCGUGGUGCACUUGCCAUAUGCUUUUGUCCGUUUAUCUCUUCACUUUGAUCUUCAUUUGUACUAUGUUAUUCUAGUGCUUUUGGUCGUAA